AUGGCUUCUUUUGAUGGGCCAAAGUUCAAGAUGACUGAUGGCUCUUACGUUCAGACAAAAGCCGUUGAUGUCGGAUCAUCAACAGACAUCUCUCCGUACCUUUCACUCAUAAGAGAAGAUUCAAUCUUGAAUGGGAACCGAGCUGUGAUCUUCGACGUGUAUUGGGACGUCGGGUUCCUCAAAACAGAGAACAAAAAGUCGAGUUGGAGUCUGUCAUCGGUGAAGCUGAGCACGAAAAACCUUUGUCUCCUCCUUCGACUUCCAAACCCAUUUCACGACAACCUCAAGGAUCUAUACCGUUUCUUCGCUUCAAAGUUCGUCACUUUCGUUGGCGUGCAGAUCGAGGAAGACCUGAUCUUGCUCAGAGAGAACCACGGUCUCGUGAUAAGAAACGCGAUCGAGGUCGGGAAGCUGGCUGCGAAAGCACUUGGGACACUGGUGCUUGAGUAUCUCGGGACGAGAGAGCUAGCUCACAGAGUGUUGUGGUCUGAUUUGAGCCGGCUUGAUUCGAUUGAGUCGAAAUGGGAGGAGAAAAGUCCUGAAGAACGUCUUGAAGCUGCAGCUAUCGAAGGAUGGCUUAUCUCCAGUGUCUGGGAUCAAUUAAACGAGUGA